GCCGUCGCGAGGCGCGAUCAAGCUCAUUCUUCCUGCACGAAAAAUGAACAACGGCGACGACAGCACGACCGGCGCAGCGGCGACGACGCCGAGCUCGUGCUAUAUGGACAUCAACCUCCAUCUCGCAUGGUACUACUCGCCUGGCGCGCUGCGCGUCGAGGACAUCGAGCCCGUCGAGGUCUGCGGCACAUCGCUUAGCGCGUUCACCACCGCUGUCAAGCCCGUGACGAAUGUGACAUUCCACUUGGUCAACCCGGGCACGAGCUUGUCGUCCAUCUUCUUGCCGCGCUUCACCGCCAAGCUGCUCAAAGCCCCGAUCGCCAACGUCAUCUUUGAUGGCGUCUCGACCGGCUUCAAAGCUGCGUCCUUGGUGCAACCGACCACCAUGACCAUCAUGAACACGGCGACAUUUGGUCCGAUCUCGGUGAGCCUCUCGGCCUUUGAGUCGGUGCCUGCGCUCACCUUUCUAAAUGUGGACCCGCGGCUCUCGAUCAUCGACGGCGCGGGCCGGAACCUCUCGGCGCUCUCCAUCACGGCCGACUGCUCAACACGGCUCAACGUCAACAACGUCCCUACGACUCCGACCAACUGCUUGACGACGGCGCCGCCACCGACCCUGGCACCGACCAAAAAACCAACGGACAGCAACGACGCCAAGGCGCCGCAACCCAGUGCGUCGAUGGUGGUCCCGUCCGGCGCCUCGGACGCAGGCGCCUCCACGGGUCUCAUCGUGGGCUUGGUGCUCGCCGGCGUCGUCGUGCUCGGGCUAGUCCUGGUCUACUUUUGGCUCCGCCGCAAACGCACGCAGCAAGCGUCCAAGGAUCCCGAGUUUUCUUCGUAUUACAGCGAGCCGCCAGCGACCCCGGAAGCGCCCGCUCUCUCGGCUGUGGUCGUCGAGCCGCCGAGUAGUAGCGACAUUGAGGCGCCGCGCAAGCCGACGCUGUUGCUCAAGCUCAAGGCGCGGCCCGAGCUCGCGCCGUACUGGCUCGAGUCGCUUGAAGGCGUUGCGAUCACGCCGGUCUAUGGCCAGACGUUUACGUGCAAGCUCGGGUCCAGCACCGUGGCGCUCACGGGGCUAUCUUACGCCGACGCGACCCACGACGACCGCGCCAAGUUUGUUGCCGCCUUCCGCGAGAUCGCCGACCUCUCGUGCGACGCGAUCACGCGCGUGAUCGGCAUCUCGCUCACCAAGUUUCAGAUGCGACUGGCGAUCGCGACCGAGUACAUGGACGAGUUGAGCGUCCGCAGCGUGCUUCAGAAGCAGACCGUGGAGCUCCCGCGCAGCACACGACUUCAGAUGUGCGACGAUGUGACCCAAGGCGUGUGGUAUCUGCAGACGCAGACGCCGCGGGGGUACGCCGGCGUCGUCGACCCUCUCCGCGUCCUCGUCAACAGCGCGCACCGCUGCAAGCUCGACGCCGCGGCACUCAUGGCGCCCACGUACGUCUUCAAAAAGUACCCUGGCCCGUCGCUCGGCCUCGGCCUCGCACCGUACGCGGCUCCGGAGGUCCUGCGCCGCGACGCCAACCUUGAUCGCCGCGCCGCCGACAUGUACGCGCUCGGUGUGCUCUGCGCCGAGAUCCUCACGCGCACGCGGCCGUUCGACGCGCUGUACGCGGCCGAAGGCUUCCUCGGUGGCGACAUGCGCUUGCUCCGCGCCGCGACUGAUGGCACUAGCAUGCCGGCGCCGUUUGAGGUCGCGACGCUCGAGGCGCACACCUCGGUCGAAGGCGUCGCGCUCCUAAGACGGUGCUGGAACGUCCGCCCGUCGCAGCGCCCGAGCAUCGACGAGGUCGCCGAGUACUUUGCGCGAGACUUUGACGACAGCAGCGUGACGUUGUGAAGAAAAGAUUAUGAAGUGUUUAUUGCCAAGAGCCCA